GUGGGUUUAGGAACGCCGCAUUCCAGCCAUUUAACAUUUUUUCGAUUUUUUUAUAGCAAGGCAAGAAAGCGUGUUAUUUGUCAUCUCGUUAAAUACAUGCGAUUGAUUUUUUUAUUCUGGAAAAAGAGGUUUUUACAGGUUAUAUUGAAUAUUUGAUUGUGUGCAUUGUCAAUUGUGAGUAAGUUAUUCAGUAAAUUGUUACUUAACCUAACUUUUUUGGUGGAUUUUAAAGAAAGGUUAUUUACUCUGAGAAAUCGAGGAUUUUUUUUAUCGCAGAAAAAGGAUUUAGGUAAGAGAUAAUCACGUAAUAAAAUGGGGAAUCGUAUUGUAUCCACGAUUAUAUCGACGAUAACACGUCCAAUUCGUAAUAUCGAUGUGGAACGACGUGCACACAAAGCUAUUUCUAAAGAAAAGCCAACGGCAGCUCCUCAAUACGAAGCAUCAAAAAGGCAAUUAAAAGUUGCCCAAGAGCUGGAUCCCAAAUUUAUGGAGGAACAUUAUAAGAGAGAUGCGAAGCUAGAUAAACAUUUGAAAGACGUAUUCGUUGUUGCUGAUGAUCCAGUGCCAGACUUGAGUAACAGGUCGGAUCCAAGAAAACCUUUACCAACGAGUAGAAAGUCGCAUGAAUACGAGGAUUUUAAUCUGUAUCAAAUUCAAAAUGUGCGAGAAGGUAGAUGUUCUGUACAACAUGUGCAAACAUUCCUGACAGAUUAUAUGAACGAUUCUCAAAAAUACAAUGCCAGCAAUAUAGCUGAGCAAUACAAAUUAGAUAAAAAAGUUGUAGAAAAUAUAUUAGAGUAUUACAAAGUGUUUAGAAUAAUCACGAAAAGUGAUAUCGACAAAAUGGGACAGGAAGUACAAGCAACCAAGAAAAUAGGACCUUUUGGACCCAACGGACCAGCACAAGAAUAAUGAGAGAUUUCUUAGAUAUUUGUACAUACUAUGUAAUAAAAUUAGUAAUGGAAA